UUGUGCAGAUCCAUCAGCUGCUCAGUGAGUCUAUAAAUACGAGCUGCUCUGGUCACUCAGUGGAUUCUUCAUCCUGAUCAGUGCUGCUGCUGGAUUCAUCUCAUCACUGCUGCAUCAUGGGAAAUACACACCGCCAGUGUGCAGUUCAAAUUCACAAUAAAAGCAACAACUACGUACUUUGUAGCCCCAUAGUGUACGUUUACAGUGGACGCUGUCGAGAUGCUUUACCAUCAACAGUUGGACCAUCGGAAAGCGGCUCUGCUUUGUUCAUAAAGACUCAUGACACAGCCUGUGGAUCUGUGGGUGUCUUCACCUACGACCUCUACAAUGAAUCUACAAAGAGAGUCGACAAGAAGAUGGCUGUCAUGUUCUCCAAUCCUUACAACUUCGACUUCUACUCUAACCUUUACGCAGUGGGACUCUUUGACAGGAAACAACUCUGUGAUCACAGUCUGUAUGAAAAAAUGUAUUACAACAUAGGGACAGAGUUUGUCAGAGGUGGUGCUGGUUCUAAUCUGAUUCACGAGAGAGAUGGUCUGACCAUCUCAGCCAACAUGACAGACACUUGUGAGCCCGAGCUUAAUGUCAGCAUCAGCAGCAGAAAUGGGUAUCAUCAGACGCUGAUGAUACAGGAUGUUUCAGAGUUUUAAACAUUUAACCAAAGUAUGAGUCACAUCUUUCUGUCUAGAAUCAGACAUGUAGUCAUUAAAGUGUGCAGUUUGUUGUGUUUUAAUUAACAGACAUUGACUUUAUCCUAUUUUUUGUCCUGGGUUUGGUCUGAACCUCCCCAGAAAGAUGUCUUUCUCUCCACUGCUACAUGCUCCUGAUAAACUUGUCUUCUAAUAGAAUAUCAACCAGAUCAAUAAUCACUGAAAAUGAAACAUGAACUGAUUGUUUGCUGGAUAAUAAAUAUAUGUAUGACUGGAA